AUGUCAGACAGCAAGGAGGUAAUGGAAGAAUUUGAGCUACCUAGACAGAGUGGUUUGAUAGGCGUAUACCGUGAGCAGGAGCAAGAUAUAGAUAUAAAUGUGAGUGUAUGUGUACGUGUUGUUGAGCUUGAUGCAAGCUUGAGACUGUGGUCUGAUAUUGAUAAUGAGACUGAUGGUAUGGAAAGAGAGGAGGAGAACCGAGACAUUGAGGCCGGGAACGAGGGCUAUUUGACGUUGAGUCUCAAUGGCGAACCCGGUAGAUGGGCGCCGGGUGCCAGGUGCAAGGUCAAGAUUGACAGGGACCAAACCAAGGAUGACGUCUAA